CCGGAGGAAGUGGGAUGCGGUGGAAAACAGGGCCAAGGCUCCACCCCUUUCUUUGACAGUUCUCAAACAGGUCGGCGCCCAGACGAUAUACAGAGAGCACAACGCACUAACACAGCCUGUUUAUUCUGGUUUUGUAAGCAGGGUGUUUCGAAGGUUGUAGCAUCAUGUCUGGUCGUGGUAAAGGUGGUAAGGGGCUGGGAAAAGGGGGCGCUAAGCGCCAUCGGAAGGUGCUUCGUGAUAACAUUCAAGGUAUUACGAAGCCAGCUAUUCGUCGUUUGGCGCGCCGUGGUGGUGUAAAGCGUAUUUCUGGAUUGAUUUAUGAAGAAACCCGAGGAGUACUGAAAGUGUUUCUAGAGAACGUUAUCCGUGAUGCUGUCACUUACACUGAACAUGCCAAGCGAAAGACUGUGACUGCCAUGGACGUGGUGUAUGCUCUAAAACGCCAAGGUCGCACUCUGUACGGUUUCGGGGGCUAAGUUUUCAUCCCGUUUUAAAGUUGAAACAUCUUCAAAAACAAAGGCUCUUUUAAGAGCCACCCACACUUUCACAAUGAGAGCUUAAGUGCUAGGAGUCUGUUUCUGAAACGGCGGUGCCUGUGUGUAUGUUAAAUUAAGCGUACUUUAAAUUUGGGGGUAUUUUAUUUUCUCAUUUGACCUAAAUCGUACAUCACAUGGAAUGAGAAGUAUUAAUGCUCUUUCACUGGUGGCCGGGGGGGUGGGUGUCUAAACCCUGUGGUUAAAAGGCUACGGACGACUUUUUUUCUUUCUUUCUUUGCCAAAAUCUGUUUCGUCAGCUUUGUGGGUAACGAGAGGAAGAACAGCUUGGGUUUCCCGGGAAGACCUUUAUUGCUGCC